CGCCAGCUGCAGGGCCUUGGUCUUUCAAAUCUCAAUGGUCCGAGUGGCAGUUUCACCAUGGGCAAGUUCGCGACGCCGGGCAUCAAGACCAGCGAGGACCGUUUCAAACAGGCGAGUGUUGGCACGCAGUUCGGCACACUACCAUCUCCUAUGGUCCGCCCGUCCAGUCAAGACGGUCCCAGCGCGAUUGUCAGCAAGCGGGAUGUCGACUGUGGAGAGGCGAACAGGGGUGGACCUGAUCGCUCGUUGCACGGAUUGUCAUCGCUGCAGGCUGACGCUGUGCCACCCGAGUACCUCGUGCAUCAAUUGCAUCUGACGAGCCUUGACGAGCAACAGUACGAAGUCGACCUGCACUCGCUAGAGCUGCUUUCCAGCAAGGUCCGUGCGUUGCUCAACGGACUUACCAUGGAAUCCUUCGACUCGAUCUCAGACCAAAUCGUCGUGUGUGCAAACAUGUUUAAGGAUGAACAUGACUGUCGAUCGCUCAGCAAGAUCGUCCGCCUCGUGUACGACACAGCAACCAACGAUCUUACCUCGUCUGCGAUGUAUGCACUCCUGUGUCGCAGAAUGAUGGGCAAGAUCAGCCCUGGGGUUCGGGAUGAGGCCGUCAGGGACGCGGAGGGCAAGUCUAUUGCGGGAGGGCAGCUUUUCCAUAGAUUGCUGCUGAAUCGGUGCAAGGAGCACUUCGAGCGCUGCUGGGCUGCACGUUCUACUAUGGAGGAAGGCUACCAGGAAACCGCUGCGCAGCAGACAGCAAGGCGGCAGAGUCUCGGCCUCAUUAAGUUCAUGGGCGAGCUGUUCAAGAUGCAGAUGCUUACAGAGCAUAUCAUGCACAAGUCCAUCAACGAACUUCUGGCCAACGUCGAAGACCCCGAAGAAGAGGAGAUCGAGGGGCUGUGUUUACUGUUGACCACUGUCGGCUUGCAAAUCGACACGCCGAAGGCCCGUCGUCACAUGGAUGGCUACUUCGCAUGUAUGAGAGGGCUUAUGAACAAGCCGAACGUCAAUCUGCGUAUGCGAACUAUGCUCCAGGACGUCAUUGAUCUUCGUGAUCACAAAUGGCUAGCUGACGAUGAAACUGCUGUUUCUGAUUCUGCUGCUACUACUCACAUGCAAGAUACAGUAAUCGCCGCAAGGGAAGAAUCAGGUUACUCGCACGUAUCUGAGGCGUUCUGUGGUGAGUUUCUAUGCAGCGGUCAUGGUUCCCACCUGUCGGAUGUCGAUGCCGAUGGCUGGUCCGAUGUCCGAGCCCCCACCCUUCCCAGUAUCCGUACGAUAUCGAGCUCGGAGGUGGAGGUGGGCGGUCCAUCCCCAUCCACCGAGGCCAGCGGAGUAGCAUUCGAAGCGGACAAGUCAGCAAACAUCCCUGCAAAGGAUCAGCAGCAGGAGGAGGCCCUGUCGUCAUGGGUACUCUCGAGCGUGGCUUCAGAGUCGAUGGACAGUCCCAAGUACGCGAUAGAGUAUGCUGCGGCAGAGUCAUCGCAAACCUACUGUCGCAAGGCAAGUGUGGGAGCUGCCCAUACAGUUGUACCGGAGGGAAAUUCUACGACCGCGGAGGAGCCGAGUCCCGGUAUCCGACGAAGACUCGGGCCCCCUCAAUCGGAUCUCGGAGCGCUGUCCAUAUUCGACGUUCAUACCCCCAAUGUCAACCGCCUCCGCAUGACGCCAAUGACUGAGCAGCUCAAGUUGCAGCUCAGCGACAACUUAAAGGGGUUCUUCGAAGUGCGGGACCUGGACGAGGGCGAGGCGUAUUGUCGCAAACUUUCGUCGGGGCACAGGUGGCGCCUCGUCGAUAUGCUUGUGUUAUACGCUGUCGUCUCCGCUAGGGCAGUGGAUGCGCGGCUCGUGGGUGAGCUGUUCGCGCGUGCUGCAAAGAAGGACUUCAUCUCGCCAGAUGCUUUUGAUGACGGGUUUUCACCAACUCUAGAGAACCUUCACGUCUUCGCAUUGCAUACGCCGAAUGCUGCGAGCAUUCUUGCCGUUAUGUUAAAGAAGGCGCAGCUCGAUAGUGCACGACUGCACAGUUUGAUCCGUAGAACCGCAGGCAGUGACUAUGAUAUGCUCGUCGGUCUCCUACUGUAAAUGUUACCUUGAAUGUCUUGUCACGAAACUUCGUAUCCCCGGGGCCGCCAAUGUUAUGAUUUGGGCUUCAAUUUUC